AUGAAGCCACAGCUUCUUUUUUUACCUCGAUGUUUUAUUAUUUCUGCAUUUCUCUGUUUACUGGGGGGGGCGAGCGCCGCUGUAAUCGGCAGCAGCUGCAGUAAUAGCAGUGGUAGCAGCAGCAGCAGCAACAGCAGCAGCACCAGCAGCAGCCUGUGCUGCUGCUGGUCCAGGUCUGUAUGUAUUAGACACUCAGGGGCCCCCAGUAGAGCAGCAGCAGCAGCAGCAACAGCAGCAGCAGCACAAGCUGCUGCGUGGCUGCACACGAAGCCAGCCUCAAGCUUCAGUCGGCCUCAUCGUGGAGUGCCCCUUUACGCAGCAGCAGCAGCAGCAAAAGCAGCAGCAGCAGCAAAAGCAACAGCAACAACUCACACCCCAUCAGCAGCAGCAACAGCAACACCCCAGAAAGCGGCAGAACCACAGCCCCCACUCGAAUCACCAGCAGCAGCAGCAACAGCAGCAGCAGCAACAGCAUCAACAGCAGCAGCUGCAGCAGCAGCAGCAGCAGCAAGAGAAGAAGAAGCAACUACAGAAGCUUCAGAGUGGCAGGCGUUAGAUAUACCCUCUGAGCUCUCCUUCACCUUUUCAGGAGAUGUGGAGGGGCCGCAGCUGCUGCUGGCUACGCAGUACCACCUAGAGCAGCAGCAGCAGCAGCAGCAGCAGCAGAAGCAGCAGAAGCUGCGUAAGAACUCAGCCCCGCAGCCUAAUCCAGAGAAUGAGGCAGCAAUUGUAAAAGGGCGUCUACAGGCGGUGCGGAGGCGGACGCCGCCGCCGCCGCAGCAGCAGCAGCAGCAACAGCAGCAACAGCAGCAGCAGCAGCAGCAGCAGUUGAUUGAAAGAGACAUCUUAGAGGAGUUUGGUGUCUCCUCGUCUUUACUUCAAACACGUGCAGACAGACGAGAGCACAGUGCUGCUCGCCGCAGCCGCAACAUGCACCCACACAAAGACAGCAGCAGCAGCAGCAGCAGCAGCAGCAGCAGCAGCAACAGCAGCAGCAAUAGCAGCAGCAGCAGCAGCAGCGAGAACAUAGAUGACUUGCUUGAGCUGCUAAAGGGGACACCAACUCGGCAGCAGCGCCAGCGAGGAGCAGCAGGAGCAGCAGCAGCAGAGCGUCUGCUGCAGGCUUUCGGUCCUCUACACUCUUCGCUUCCCUUCUUAAACGAAGAAGAAGAAGCAGCAGCAGCAGCAGCAGCAAAACCAGCAGCAGCAACAGCAGCAGCAGCAGGAACGCCUCAGGAGGGCGACCUUGUUUCUGCUGAGGACCUCGCUGCAGUUGAAGCAGAAAUAGAAACCCUCACAGGAGAAGCAGUGCAGCAGCAGCAGCAGCAGCAAGAGGUGGGGCCGGAUAUGGAGCUCCUCGGCUCAGUUUCGCUUUAA